AUGCCCGAUCUACCGACGUUAGUCUUCGUACCGGGCUCCUGGCAUAACCCGAUAUGCUACGACCCGGUCAUCAAGCUCCUCCAACCAAAGUUCAAAUGCACCUCCGUUACCCUCCCAUCAACGACGGGAAACCCAGCCGCGACAUUCAAAGAUGAUCUCGAAGCGGCCCGCUCAGCUAUAUCCAACGAGACGGCCGCCGGAUGCAACGUUGUAGUCAUUGCACACUCCUACGGCGGCAUGGUUGGCAACAGCGCCGUCAAGGGAUUCACGCCCGAUACUACGAGCCAAACUCAAACCCCAACGGGGUGCGUUAUCGGCAUCAUCCUCAUAGCUUCUGGCUUUACCCUGGCCGGAUUGUCGUUUAUGGAUCCAUUCUUCGGUCGUCCGCCUCCUUCUUGGCGUGUUAAUAGCGACACCGGCUAUGCAGAGCUUGUUACUCCUCCCCGUGAGCUCUUUUAUCAUGACUUGCCGGAGAACGAGGCAGAGUACUGGAUUUCGCAGCUUACGACCCAGAGUCUCAAAGCAUUGUUCGAGGGUGGUGAAUAUACGUAUGCGGGUUGGCAGGACGUGCCCACUUGGUAUAUUGGUACCAUUGAGGAUCGGGGGUUGCCGGUGUUGGUGCAGCGGGUGCAAGUUGGUAUGGCGAGGGAAUUGGGUGGUAUUGUCGAGCAUCGGGAGUUGCAGACGAGCCAUUCGCCGUUUUUGAGCCAACCGGAGGCUACUAUGAAGAUUAUAGUGGAGGCCGUUGAGGCGUUUACGGGGAAGGAAGGUGGAAAUGAAUCUACGAGUGGACGUGCAGAUAUGAUUGCAGUGCCGAGGGCUACGCUCUUGCAGCCUUUCUCGUGGUUUAGAUUUGGACUGCCGCUGGCAUUUGGUCAUUUAUUAGGAAAGGGUUAUCGCCUUUUCACUUGGGGGAGGAGGUUAUGCGGGUUCGGGUUCGGGUUCAGUAAAUGA